AAUCAUUCCACAGCUUCUCUGCUUUCGCAUCACUGUUUGGAUAUUCGCCAAGCUCUACACGCCCACUCGCCAUGGCCUUCCAGUACCUUGCCAUCCUUGCGCUCGUUGCCGCCGCCAGCGCCGGAGUUCUGCCAGCCCAGCAGGUCUACCACGCUGCACCUGCUCAAGCUGUGGCCUAUGCUCAUGCCCCAGUGGCAGUCGCCCACGCGCAGCCCGUUCUGGCCAAGCACGACGAUGAGUACGAUCCCCAUCCCCAGUACAAAUUCGCCUACGAUGUGCAGGAUUCCCUCUCCGGCGACUCCAAGAGCCAGGUGGAGGAGCGCGAUGGCGAUGUGGUCCGUGGCGAAUACGCUCCUGUAAAGGCGUCACAGCUUAUGAACUUAUUAAAUGAAACUAGGAAACUGUUCUAUGACAUCACAUUCUUUAUUCAAUAA